AUGGCAUCUCCAGACCUUUCGCUGGCUGAGAAACUUCGCGCAUACUCCACGUGCGAUGUGUCAGACGCAUUGCUCAAAGUGGGCGUUCCUCAUGGCGGUUUUCUUCCUAACUUGAGCAUGUGGUCGCCUUUACGACAAGAGGGCGACAAAAAGCUCAUUGGACCUGCGUAUACUGUUAAAUUUGUCCGCAACACCCAGAUCAACGCACCAAAGCUCAAGGAGCACUACAUUGAUACUAUCCCAAAAGAUCACGUCGUCUUUAUCUCAGCGCCCCAUGGCAUCUUCAACGCUGUCUAUGGUGGCUUGAUGAGCACCCGAGCUAAGUACUCCGGAGCCGUCGGCACUGUUGUCGAUGGUACAUUUCGAGAUUUGCAGGAUCAUCGCAAAUUAGAUUACCCAGUCUUUGCUCGCAAUGUCGGUACGCCAAGCUUCUAUGAGGUUGCUCGCCCAAGUGAGAUCAAUGUACCUGUGAAGUUGCAGGACCCUGCCCUUGAUGUUACGAUCAAUCCUGGUGAUAUCAUAUUCGGAGAUUUGAAUGGGGUUGUUUGCGUGCCCAAGGAAACGCUGUCUAAAAUCAUAGAGAUUUUGCCUGGACAGGUUGAGGCUGAUGAUAACAUGGCGCGGGAUAUCGCUCAAGGCAAAACGUUCACAGCUGCAAAAAAAGAGUAUCGUUGA